AUGUCUGACUCAGAGCUAGAUUCCAAGCCUGAUAUCAUAAACCCUGGUGCCGGCCCAUUGCUCCCUGGUACUCAAGCAACUAAAGAGGAGCUAUUUGUGGUCCCUGAAGAAUUUCUACUUCAUAACCAAGCUCUCGUGAAGGAGGUUAGAGGCCUGAAGUUGGAUGACAAGCUGUGUAAAACAGACACGUGA